AUGGGCUCAUACAGCUUCUCUGGUAGGACCGCUAUACUAAUACCAGGUGAAGAUUAUGACUCACUCAGUCCUGAUUAUGAUACAGACGAAAUAUUAUAUUUGGAUGUUUCAGUAGAAUUUAAUCCGGCAAGUCCAAACUGGAAAUCAAUAACAGGAAUUGCCCCACCGCUUGCAUUCCAUAGCAUGUCAAUUGGAGGUGAAAGUAAUGAAUUAUUAAUAAUAUUUGGAGGUACAUCUAAAUACACCAUACCAUCAAAUCCAUUAUAUAUAUUUAACACAACAAGCAGUACGACAGCAACGAAUUCUCCAACAACGGUAAAUGUUAAAGGCUCAAUCGAGCAUACUUCGACUACGAGAUAUAACGAUUCAAUGGUCUUUAUAUUUGGUGGAACUAGUCAAGUUAUUACUAAUGAUAAUACAACUGAUAUAGUUACUGAUGCAUUCAACGAUAUGCACGUGUUAGAUUCUAAAUCAAUUACAUUCAACACAAUUUCUCCCUCAAAUGGCGUCUUUCCAUUUGGGGUUUUUCAUCAUAGUUCAACUUUAUUAAGUGAUAAUAAAAUUUACAUUAUCGGUGGUGUUGAUAAAAAUAACGCUUUCAUGCCAAUGGGAUCAAUCAACAUAUUUGAUACUACGACAAAUCAAUGGUCGAAUCAGAGUGCUACAGGGACGAUUCCAACUGAUAGAAGAGUUCAUCGGGCUGUUGGAACAAACGAUAAUAAAAUUAUCAUUUAUGGUGGAUGCAAUAAAGAUUAUUCUAUAAGUUAUUCUGAUUUAAGAGUUCUUGAUACAACUACACUUCAAUGGACAGCUCCUGCUACUCAAGGAACUCCUCCCCCACCAAUGUAUGCUCAUACAAUGACAAUGGUUGGAACAAAUGUUAUAAUAGCGUUUGGAUAUAUUUCGGGUUUCAAUACAGCACAAGAUAUUUACAUACUUGAUUCCACCAAAUAUACUUGGAUGCCAACUUAUGUACCUAAUAAUCUUGAAAUUACCAAUACAAAACCAAUUAAUGCAUCUUCUAAUGUCCCUUCAUCAUCGCCGUCGUCGCCGUCGUCAGAUCAAAUAGGUGUAAUUGUAGGUUCAAUAAUAGGCUCGUUGGCUGCUAUUUUUUUGAUUAUAGUCUUGGUAAUUUGCAUGCGUAAGAAACGUAAAAAUGGUUCGUUUUUCACAAAACCUUAUGAACAGAACCAACCUUCAGUGCCACCUAUUUCAGGUACUCUUCCUUAUAAUCAGUUGCCAACGACAGUAAAUAAUCAAGAUCCAGCGAGGCAACUACCUCCUACAAUGUCACACUUUGUCAGCAAGUCAAAUGCAGGUUCUGAUAAGGGUAGUACAGCAACCAAUAAUGAGCAUAAUGAAUCUUACUACAAUAACAGUUCUUCUAGAAACAGUUCAAAAACCAACUCGAAUAGAUUUAGUGUUAUACCUUAUCUUGAUAAUCCUUAUGGCGUCGAAAAAGAUACCACAGAUCCAACACCAAUAGUCAACCCUACUUCAUCAUCAUCAUUAUCUUCUUCGCCUAGCAAUAAAAAUCUUUUUAAUGAACAUGACGAUGAUUAUGGCAAUACGAAGGCAACAAGUGGAAUAAAUGAUUUAUAUGGUUAUAGUAGUCAAUUAAAUUAUAGUAACAACAAUAGCGAUUAUUAUUCAGAAAAACCUCAACCUCCAACACCUCCCUCAAAAUAUGAUGAUGAUGAUGGAUAUCCACAAUCAAAUAGACUGUCUGCAUCUUCCAGUAUCUAUGCGCCUUCACGCCCUGAUUCUCCUCCCUCAAUGAAUCCUCCGAUCCUACCUUCUUAUACUGACACCUCGUCGUUCUCCUCAUCAAAUGAAAAUAAUGAUGAAAUAAUGAGAGUAACUGAUAACGAUUACGACAAUGAUAAUGCUGUCCCGAUAUUUUCAAUUUCUCCUGAUGAAGAAGCCGGAGUAAAUGAACCAAGAAAAGUUGAAAAAAGAGCUUUUAGUUUAAGAUCAGCACAAAGACUUAGUAGUACUGUGGUAAGACCAAAUAAAGGAACACCUUCAACUACUGAAGAGACUAUUACCGAAGAGUUUACAGAAGAAAAUUUAUAA